UGAAGCUCUAUAACUCGGAAGUACAGUUCCCAACCUAAUAUCUUCCAAUCUUACACUCGAAAUCAAACACAGUAAUGCUUGCAGUGUCGAGGCUUCUAACUGACAAGUUUGCCACCGGAGAUCCAGACACGCCACCGGUUAAUGCGCACAAGUGGAGUUUUUGUUUUUUUUUUUUCUUCUCGUCCGUUGCCCAUUAGCAUGUAAUCCAAGAUAAAGGUUUUGUUGAAUGUGUUUGAGAAAAUGAAAAGAAAAAGAAGAAUGGUUCGUAGAUUAUCAACUAGAUUAUUGAAUGUUUGUGUAGCUUCAUUAUGCAAAGCCCAUAAAUUGGAGAAAGCUGAAACUGUUAUUAUUGAUGGUAUAAGAUUGGGAGUGCUCCCUGAUGUUGUAACUUACAAUUGUCUUAUUGAUGCAUACUGUCGUGUCAUUGGAAUUGAUGCUGGUUACUGUAUUCUUCAUAGAAUGGGAGAGGCUGGGAUUACCCCAGAUAUUAUUUCUUACAAUUCUUUGAUAGCUGGUGCCACUAGGAAAUGCCAAAUAGCUCGGUCUCUUGAUCUGUUUGAUGAAAUGAUUCAAAGGGGCAUAGCCCCUGAUGUUUGGAGUUACAAUACUUUGAUGCAUGGCUUCUUCAAGUCAGGAAAACCAGAUGUGGCCAAUAGGGUUUUUCGGGAUAUUAUACUUGGUGAACAUUCACCUUCUGCGGCUACUUUUAACAUUAUGAUGAAUGGUCUUUGCAAGAAUGGGUAUACCAAGAAUGCUUUUAUGUUGUUUAGGGAUUUACAACGACAUGGAUUUGUGCCAGAGUUAGUGACUUACAAUAUUCUUGUUAAUGGAUUAUGCAAGAUUGGUAGAUUAGAGUCAGCAAGGAGGAUUCUUAAAGAAAUAUGGGCAUCGGGUCAUGUUCCCAAUGCCAUAACUUACACUACCAUAUUGAAAUGCCUUCUUAGGAAGAAGAAGUUUGAAGAAGGGCUUGAGUUAUUGUUGGAGAUGAAGUGUAAAGGGUAUACUUUUGAUGGUUUUGCUUAUUGUACGGUUAUCGGUGCUCUAAUUAAGAUAGGUAAAGUAAAAGAGGCAACUGAAUACAGGGAGGACAUGAUGAGGACUGGUAUUGAGCUUGACAUAGUGUCUUAUAACACCCUAAUUAAUAUGUAUUGUAAAGAUGGUAAGUUGGAAGAAGCCUAUAAGUUGUUGGAUGAGAUAGAAAAAAAGGGGUUGGAAUGUGACAAGUAUACGCACACGAUAAUGAUUGAUGGAUUGUGCAAGGCAGGUAACAUUGAUGGGGCUGCACAACAUUUGAGGUACAUGAAUAUGAUGGGCUUUGAUUCAAACUUGGUUGCAUUUAAUUGUUUGGUUGAUGGGUUGUGUAAAGUCGGUCAGAUUGAUGAUGCAAUGAAAGUCUAUAAAUCAAUGGAGGACUUUGGUUAUGUGCAAACAACAUCUACUGAAGGUUUGAAGUCCUAUGUAUUUAAUGAGCCAAUUGUGGUUAAUGCUGCACGUUUGCAACCUCUUGGCCCUGCUGCCAUCUUUAUGCAAGGAACCAAAAGAAUGCCUGGGACAGCCGUUACAAAGUCUGUUGUAGCAAAUGAGCCUGGAGGGAUAUAUACUAACUCCAAGAUUGAUGGCACUAUUCAAACAGGAAAUCCAGAAAUUCGAUUAGCUCUUAAUGAAGACCUGAGCAUCGGAAGAGGAGGGGGAUUGGUCUAUUAUUAUAGGAUUUCAUCUGGUGCUGGGGCAGUUAUAUUUGACGAUCGUAAAUUUUCAUGAAUCAGUGCAUCUUGAUAGUUUUGAUAUGGACAGGACUCUGGCUGGUAACUUCGGAUGGUGAAUUUCCAGUCAUGAACUACUGAAGAACACAGGAGUUCUAGCCUCCUUUCCAUAUUAACUGUUUAAUUGAAGAAGCAGGACACCUUAAGGCAAGCUUGUCUUUCUUGACUUUCCAUACAUCAUGAUGAUUUCAUUAAAUCAUUUUCUUUAUAUUUCCAAAGCAUGUAAUAUUUUCUACAAAUAAUGAUAUAAAAAAAACUUAUUUCAUAUAUAAAUAAUUCAUUUAGUUCUAGAAUAAAUUUGAAAUUCUAGGGCAUUGUUCCUGCUUCAGUUAUUUAUGCUUUCCUACUGAAGUUUUAGGCUGAAGUGAUUCUUAAAGUAAGUGCAGAGUUCCCGGCUAACAUAACUGCGAACACAAUUGUUGUACAAAUGCCACAAUUGUUGUAUUUCCUUUUCCAAUUGUCAAUAUUGUAAGUGUUGGGGUAAAUGGGUAUAUUUCUGUAGUUUACAUCUUUUAUGAUACUUAGUAAUUUUUGGAGCUAGUUUUGAGUUUUAACCUGAAGCUGAGCAAAGAACAGAUUUUAAAGAAGCAAACAAGAAACUUGAAAGAAGAUGGUGGAUCUGAACAUACACUUUGUGCAAAGCUGACAUUUUCACAGGCAUCACAUGCAAACAUCAUAAAGGAAGCUGGAACAGUUAGCAUGACUUUCACAAUACCGAUGUAUAAUGCUUCAAGGCUUCAGGUGAAAUACUUGUAGAUAGCUAAGAAAUCUAGUUCCUAUAAUCCAUAUCGAAGGCUGAACUUCCUCGACUACAAAUUUCCAGCUUGGCUUAUGCUUAUGCCAGGUUUGUCCGGUCCAAGGGUGGAAUCUCUUGUCAAACCCUGAAAUAUCAAGGCGUUUCCAAGGCUGAAGCAGUAAAGUUUGACCUUCUGACUGGACCCCGCCCCUGGCGUUGCAGCAAUACCAUAGUCCGAAUAGUUGGGCGUUUAAUCCACAACUGUUGGUUCGUAAUUGUGGGCUUUCCAUUUUCUUUUCACACUUUUUUUCCUACCUCAAGGAACUUUGCGUCCAAUUAUCUGAUACUUUUUUCCAUAAAAAAUCCUUAAUUUCUCAUCU